ACAACAACAGCUGAAACAAUUAGCACAAUUACAGUUACAACGGCAACAGCAGCCAAAGUCAACGACAACAACAAAAGCGAUAAGCGAUAAACGAUAAGCAGUAAACGAUUAUCGCUGCUGUCAAAAAUGUCGCUGCAUCAAAGCACUCAACCAGGCAAAUGCCAAACGGAUGUCAACAAGCGACAGCGGCAACAACAAAAUCAGAUGCAGCAACCGCUAACACAACAACAACAACAACAACACGAGCAGCAGCAGCAGCAGAGGCAGCGGCAGAGACAGUCGACGCAGCUGCUGCCAGUGAUGUUAACGCUGCUGAUGCUGACGCUGUUGACGCGACCACUGAGCGCCUACUCCAAUCGUCUCUCGGAUACAAAGCUCCAUGAGAUCUAUCUGGAUGAUAAAGAGAUCAAGCUGAGCUGGAUGGUUGACUGGUAUAAGCAGGAGGUGCUCUUCCAUUUGCAGAAUGCGUUCAAUGAGCAGCAUCGUUGGUUCUAUUUGGGCUUCUCGAAGCGUGGUGGCCUCGCCGAUGCGGAUAUUUGUUUCUUUGAGAAUCAGAAUGGAUUCUUCAAUGUUGUCACCGACACGUACACCAGUCCCGAUGGGCGUUGGGUGCGAAAGGAUUAUCAGCAGGACUGUGAGGUCUUCAAAAUGGAUGAGUUUACGCUGGCCUUUAAACGCAAAUUUGAUACUUGUGAUCCGCUCGAUUUGCGACUUCAUGAGGGCACCAUGUAUGUGGUUUGGGCACGUGGUGAAUCGGAGCUAUCCCUCGAGGAUCAUCAGUUUGCUUUACCCAAUGUAAGUGCACCACAUGAGGCAGGUCUAAAGAUGUUGCAAUUGCUGCGGGCCGACAAGAUUCUCAUACCCGAAACUGAUUUGGAUCAAAUUGAAAUAACGCUGGAGCAGGCGGCAGUGCCGAAUCGUGAGACAACCUAUUGGUGUCAUGUGCAGCGUCUGGAUGAUCUUGUCAAGCAUCGUCUGCAUAUUGUUCAAUUCGAGCCGAUCAUCAAAACUCCUGGUAUUGUCCAUCACAUGGAGGUCUUCCACUGCGAGACAGAUGCCCAUGUGGACAUUCCACUCUACAAUGGCGAUUGCGAGCAGCUGCCACCGGAGGCCAAGGUCUGCUCCAAGGUGAUGGCACUCUGGGCGAUGGGUGCGAGCACCUUUACCUAUCCACCUGAGGCUGGUUUGCCCAUCGGAGGUCCUGGCUUUAAUCCCUAUGUGCGACUCGAGGUGCAUUUCAAUAAUCCGGAACUACAGACAGGUCUUGUGGAUAACUCCGGAUUUCGCAUCAAAUUGUCAAAGACUCUACGGCAAUACGAUGCCGCUGUCAUGGAAUUGGGACUAGAAUAUACCGAUAAAAUGGCCAUACCGCCGGCACAGACGGCAUUCCCACUGAGCGGCUACUGUGUGGCUGACUGUACACGCUCGGCAUUGCCGCGCACGGGCAUCAUCAUCUUUGGAUCGCAGUUACACACACAUUUGCGUGGUGUUCGCGUCUUGACGCGACAUUUUCGCGGCGAACAGGAGUUGAGGGAGGUGAAUCGCGAUGAUUACUACUCCAAUCAUUUUCAGGAGAUGCGCACGCUGCAUUAUAAGCCCCGAGUAUUGCCGGGCGAUGCAUUGGUGACCACCUGCUAUUAUAAUACGCUUGCCGAUACGAAUGCCACGUUGGGAGGUUUCUCCAUUAGCGAUGAAAUGUGCGUCAACUAUAUCCAUUACUAUCCGGCCACCAAGCUGGAAGUGUGCAAGAGUUCUGUGUCGGAGGAGACGCUCGAGAAUUACUUUAUCUAUAUGAAACGGAAGGAGCAUCAGCAUGGCAUUCAUUUGAACGGUGCACGUUCUGUGAAUUAUCGCAGCAUCGAAUGGACACAGCCCCGAGUUGACCAGCUAUAUACGAUGUAUAUCCAGGAGCCUCUAAGCAUGCAAUGCAAUAGAUCGGACGGACAGCGGUUUGAGGGUCACAACUGGGAGGGUAUAUCAACGACGCCAGUGCAAAUCAAAAUGCCCAUCCAUCGCAAAUUGUGCCCCAACUACAAUCCACUCUGGCUAAAGCCAUUGGAGAAGGGUGAAUGCGAUUUACUCGGCGAAUGCAUCUACUAGAAUGGAAUACGAAUACGAAUGCGAAUGCGAAUGCGAAUACUGAUUCGAAUUGUAGUUGUAAUG